AUGGCCUCCCUACGCCCUUCUUCCCGUAUCCUGGCCGCCUCCCGCCCUCUUUUCCGCUCUUCUGUAGCCUCCAGAUCCUAUGCCACUGUUGAAUCCGCUUCGAAAACGGCCGAAUCGCCCAUCCACACGACAUCGCAAACCCCAAAACUCAAGACCUUCAAGAUCUACAGAUGGAACCCCGACAAGCCAACCGAGAAACCGCGCAUGCAAAACUACGCUCUCGACCUGAAUAAGACCGGCCCCAUGAUGCUGGACGCCCUGAUCAGAAUAAAGAAUGAGCAGGAUCCCACCCUGACCUUCCGGAGGAGUUGCAGAGAGGGUAUCUGCGGUAGUUGCGCGAUGAACAUCGACGGCGUCAAUACCUUGGCUUGCUUAUGCCGCAUCCCCACCGACACCUCCAAAGAAUCGAGAAUCUACCCCCUCCCCCACACUUAUGUGGUCAAAGAUCUCGUCCCAGACAUGACCUACUUCUACAAGCAGUACAAGUCCAUCAAGCCAUACCUGCAGCGUGACACUCCAUCUCCAGAUGGUCGCGAAAUCCGCCAAUCACCCGCCGACCGCAAAAAGCUCGACGGCCUCUACGAAUGCAUCUUGUGCGCCUGCUGCUCAACCUCCUGCCCCUCCUACUGGUGGAACUCUCAAGAAUACCUUGGCCCUGCUCUGCUGCUGCAGUCUUACCGGUGGCUAGCUGAUUCGCGUGACGAGAAGACCGAAGAGCGCAAGGCGGCCCUCGACAAUAGCAUGAGCGUGUACAGAUGCCACACCAUCCUCAAUUGCUCAAGAACCUGCCCCAAGGGACUGAAUCCAGGCCUGGCGAUUGCUGAAAUCAAGAAGAUGAUGGCCUUUGCGUAG